UCCUUAGUGAGCCCGGGCCCCACACGACUGGGAAUAAAGCCGGGCUUGUCUGGCCCGCGGAGGCCUCGACACACUGGUGCGCGCUUUCAGUCGGGAGGGUCUGGCCGGAUUACUCUGGAGCUGGGAACCUGCCGGGGAGCUAGCGUCCACAGAGCUAAAUUGAAAAAAGAGCAAAGACCUCUUAAAAGUCAUUUGGAAAUAUCUCUGAAUAUUGUAACUGUUUAUAAGCAGCUAAAGAGAAAUGGAUCUCCAGCAAAACUAACAGAAUAAUUGAAGCAGGUUUACGUGUGUGUCAUCAGUUCUAUCCAGAAGUUGAAGAACCUUCCUUUGAGUUUAACGAUUGUGUGCAUUUUAUGAGAGAAUGACUUUUCAAUUUAAUUUCACUAUAGAAGACCAUCUGGAAGAUGAAUUAACAUCCCUUGGAGAUGGAGCUUUGGCCCUAGAUUCCUCAGAAGAGUCUUCAGUCUCAGAAAGACAAAAAGGUACACAUAGAGACAAAAAACGUCCUACAGAACAGUUUGACCUGCUUCAGGAUCAUUUGUGGGAGCAUAAGUCAGCAGGAAAUGCAGGUCCCUCUCAAGACACAGGCAGCUCACUCAAUGCAGCUAACAGUUCAAGUAGCUUGGAGCCACAUGAAAAGCAGCCCUGCUUUAGAGUUGCCAAAGAGCAUGCUAUGCCUAAAGAUUUAAAGAAAGUGUUAGAAAAUAAAGUCAGAGAAACAUUACCAGGUCUCCAGCAUAUGAACAUAUCAGUAGUGAAAACCAUCUUGUUGAAAGAGAACUUCCCUGGAGAAAACAUCAUUUCAAAAAGCUUUUCUGCUCACUCUGAUCUGAUUACAGGUGUUUAUGAAGGAGGUUUAAAAAUCUGGGAAUGUACCUUUGACCUCCUGGCAUAUUUUACAAAGGCCAAAGUGAAAUUUGCUGGGAAAAAAGUGUUGGAUCUUGGUUGUGGAUCAGGGUUGCUGGGUAUAAUGGCGUUCAAGGGAGGUGCCAAAGAAGUUCAUUUUCAAGAUUAUAACAGUGUGGUGAUUGAUGAAGUAACCUUACCUAAUGUAGUGGCUAACUCCACUUUGGAAGAUGAAGAAAAUGAUGUAAACGAACCAGAUGUGAAAAGGUUCAGGAAAUCAAAAGUAGCACAAGCACUAUGUAAAUUCCGGUUCUUUUCUGGGGAGUGGUCUGAGUUUUGUAAGCUUUUACUAAGCAGUGAAGAACGUUUUGAAAAAUAUGAUCUCAUUCUUACCUCAGAAACCAUUUACAAUCCAGGUUAUUAUGGUCCUCUGCACCAAACAGUCCUUAGAUUGUUAGAUAAAAAUGGACGGGUGCUUUUGGCCAGCAAAGCACAUUAUUUUGGUGUGGGUGGAGGUACUCAUCUCUUUCAGAAGUUUGUUGAAGACAGGAAUGUAUUUGAGAUGAGAACACUCGAAAUAAUUGAUGAAGGACUAAAGAGAUUCCUAAUUGAGAUGAAUUUUAAGUACCCCAGUUAAUGCCCACUGAGAGUCCUAAGUGAAAUAAACAAAAUAACCAAAACUUGAA